UAGAUUCUCUGAACUUCUGAACGGCGUAAAUGUUAAAUGGCAUAUUCUUUGAAAGCUUACAUUUACGUCGUUAACAGUAUUAAACACAACGCGCAACAGCAUCAAAGGGAUCUUUGUUACUGAAGAUUUGGAAUGUGGAGACCGUGUACAUUCUGAUAUUGUGGAUUUUGACAAAAAUGAACAGAGGCGUUGAUAACAAGAAAAUUUUGGAUGCAUACAAUUUGGAGCUUUGAAUACCAGAAUAUCCCAGAGUAUCAUAUGGUGUAAAUCAUUCCGAAAUUUUUGUGAAUGGACCAGCAGCCACUUGACACAAAAUACAAUUCAGGUUUGCUGUACUGCAGAGCUUCCUUCUCUCGUAAAUAAUGCACGGAACCUGAUAUUUUUAAUGUUGAAAGAGCUGAAUUGUUAAGCAGCGCUUGAGAAAGGCAUCGAGAAAGAUUAUUGUGUACAAUCUUUGUCCUGCAAGCUGGUAUUCAGUUCUCAGGAUUGCAGAAAGCAUAUUAUUCGGCUUCUGGUUGCAGAAGAGGACGAUUUUAUAUGUUUGGGACUAAAACACAAGACCAGAAAGAAAUUGUUUGGGACUUCAGAAUGACAUGAUUUUUCCACAAACCAUAGCGAAGGAACUCUACUGAUAAAAUCAUAAAAGCAUUCAUUUCUGGGCAGUACAAUUUUGGUACAUCAUAAAAGCAUUCAUUCCUGGGCAGUACAAUUUUGGAACAGUGACAAUGAAGAAGUUUAUAAAUGUCAUUUUUGCCAAAGGUUUGGGUUCUUGAAGUGUGAGGCUGCAGUGUUAGAGGCAAUUUUAAGAAAAUUGAUUGGAAAGGCCAUCCAGAAAUUGAGCGUUUGCUUGAAUUCAAGAGAACAGCAAUUUGUAGUGCCAAAUAACACCAUUUGGGGAAUCAUUAUUGAUAUUCCUUUCUGGAGGCUCUGUGGUAGAAGUCUGAAGUGCCAUGGCAAAUGGGAACGGCAAAGUUGUCAGGCUACUGUCAAUCUUAAGGGGGAAUGUUGGAGAUUGCAAUCUUGAUUUGUAGUUCUUUCUCAUGGGUUCCAUUGAAUUACCAACAUUUGGUACAUCUUUGGGCUACUUUUUCUCUUAUUUCGGUACCAUAUACCCAAUAUAGGGUCUACAUGUGUUGAUUUAACAAUGACUUGGAAGGGUUGAACUUCAGAAGAUGCAAACCAGACAAUAUUGAAAAGCAUAAAUCUGAUGUGGAGGUUAGGCAGAUUUUGAGCCUGAGUUGCCCAAAAGCAAAUUUGGGCAGGUCCUUGAAAUUGAAAGUCUUAUCCAGGGUCUUCUCUGAAGAUUAUGAGAGAGUAAACAAGAGGAUACUGGAUCCUCGGGGCAAAUAUAUUCGUAAAUGGAACAGAAUAUUCUUUGUGGCAUGCUUAGUUUCACUAUUUGUAGACCCACUAUUUUUCUAUCUACCAAAUGUAAACAGGAAAGCUUGUGUGGAAGUAGCAAGCCCUCUUGAUAUAAUUGUCACCCUCCUGCGCUCAAUUACAGAUUUAUUUUAUCUAUUUCACAUGUGUCUUCAGUUCCAUACAGCUUAUGUUGCUCCAUCUUCUCGUGUAUUUGGAAGGGGAGAGCUUGUGGUAGACCCUGCAAAGAUUGCUUCAAGAUACUUGGUGAAGGACUUUUGGAUUGACCUCUUUUGUGUUUUGCCUCUGCCACAGAUUAUGCAAUGGCUCGUUAUUCCUUCUCUAAGUGGUUCUCUAGGAGACUAUACAAAAAAUAUGUUGCGCUUUAUGGUGAUCUUUCAAUAUCUUCCAAGGCUACUUAUGAUUUUUCCAUUGUCAUCAAAAAUAGUAAAGACAACGGGUAUGAUGAUCGAGGCAGCCUGGGCUGCUGCAGCAUAUAAUCUAUUGCUCUAUAUCUUAGCUAGCCAUGUUCUUGGAGCAUGCUGGUACCUAUUGGCAAUUGAGCGCCAAGAUUCCUGUUGGAGGCAUGUUUGUAGAUCUGAAAGGCUACAAUGUAAAAAUAAUUACUUUGACUGCAAAAGUUUGAAAAAUGAGCUGAGGGAUAACUGGUUCAAAUCGAGUAAUAUUACAUCUACCUGCAUAAAUAAUGAGAAUUCUUACAAAUUUGGAAUUUAUGAAGAGGCUCUAAAAUUAACUACUGCUUCUUCGGGGUUUUUAAGCAAAUAUUUUUACUGUUUAUGGUGGGGCUUACAGAACCUGAGUUCUCUGGGACAAAACCUUGAUACAAGCAUCUACAUUGGAGAAAUAAGUUUUGCCAUCGUAAUCGUCAUACUUGGUUUAGUUCUCUUUGCACUUCUUAUUGGUAACAUGCAGACCUACCUGCAAUCUAUGACGGUAAGGUUAGAAGAAUGGAGAAUUAAGCGGACUGACACUGAAGAAUGGAUGGAACACCGACAGCUUCCUCCAGAGCUGCGGGAGUGUGUUCGGCGGUAUGAUCAAUACAAAUGGAUGGCAACUAGGGGAGUUAACGAAGAAUCCCUGCUUAACAAUUUGCCCAUGGACCUUCGCCGAGACAUAAAACGUCACUUAUGUUUGGAUCUUGUGCGAAGAGUGCCUCUCUUUGACCAAAUGGAUGAAAGGAUGCUGGAUGCCAUCUGUGAACGGUUGAAACCUGCUCUGAGCACGCAAGGUACCUUCCUGGUAAGAGAAGGAGAUCCAGUAAAUGAAAUGUUGUUCAUUAUCCGUGGACAUUUGGAAAGUUAUACAACAAAUGGAGGACGCACUGGUUUCUUCAAUUCAACCAUCAUUGGCCCGGGAGACUUUUGUGGAGAAGAACUUUUGACCUGGGCUUUGGAUCCAAAACCUGGUAUGAUUCUUGCAUCCUCCACAAGGACUGUUAAGGCUUUGGUUGAGGUAGAAGCAUUUGCUUUGAGAGCUGAAGAUCUGAAGUUUGUGGCAAGUCAGUUCCGGUGUUUGCACAGUAGACAACUGCAACAUACAUUUCGAUUUUAUUCACAUCAAUGGAGGACAUGGGCAGCAUGCUUCAUUCAAGCAGCUUGGAGGCGGUUUAAGAAACGGAAAUUUGUGGAGGUUCACGUUAAAGAGAAUAAAGACAUGCCAGAAGCCAAGCCAUCAACAAAUGGUGCUUCUGUUUCUUCUCUUGGGGCUACCAUGUAUGUAGCACGCUUUGCUGGGAAUACUAGGAAAGGAGCUGAUAAACUUAGAAAUCCAGUAAGUGGGGCUAUGGGUGACAAAGGAGGUAUUUUGAAAAAACCCACAGAGCCUGAUUUCUCUAUGGAGGAAGAAGAAAUGUAAACUUUGUAACAAAACCAAAUCGGUUUGUAGCAAAAUACAAAGAAAUAUGUUGCAAACCACAUCAAGGAUAAAAUUGAUGAAUUAUUUUCUCAAAGUUUGCUUUAGCAUUGCAAAUAGAACUUGCAAGCAUAUCAAUCUUUUGCAUCACUAACAAUUAUGGAGAAAGUGUCAUUUGUAAGUUAGAAAAAACAGAGUUCAUGAGACUUAUUGGCUGCAAAGUGUGGGGCCUCAGUGAACAAUUUAUUGCUUUCUUAGUUGUCUAGGAUGCAGAAUUGAGGAAAUUGUUCAUCUUUAUUCAUCCUUCUACUCAGAUGACUCUUCUAUUCUUCUCUAUGUUCUGCCCCUUUUACUAUAAAUGGGAAUUAUUCUUUAGCAUUCAGAAA